AUGGAUACUGAACAGCGCAUAAUGCAAUUGGAGCAAAGUUUCAACGAGUUGGAACGCUCUAUUAACACACUUGACGCGAUCCUUAAGCAAGGUUCGCCGGACGUAACCGUCCUGGAAAUGCGAGCGUCGGAUCUUGCAUAUAUUUUCGCCGAGUACUCGAAAAACCACGAAGAGUUGAAGCGACUCGACCCCGAUCAUCCGAACACUGCAAAGUUCAUCGAUCUCGACAUCAAAUAUUACACGGUCGCGGCGGAAGUUAACAAAUUGAAUAAAAACGCCGCACCCAAUCCGCUCGCGAAUUCUACGGCGCUAAACUCGUCAUUCUCGUUUGCCGAGAAAACUACCGUGGCCAAAAUCGCGGCGAUUCAAGUUCCCAAUUUUGACGGCAGUUCCAAAAAUUGGGUUUCGUGGAAAUCAAGUUUCAAAGCACUGAUCCACGAACGUCCUGGGAUGGCGCCUAGCGUUAAAUUAUCUCAAUUACAAUCGUCAGUCUCAGGCUUAGCUCAAAAGGUCAUCAGUCGGUACGAGGCUACCGACGAGAAUUAUCCCUUAGCGUGGACAGAUUUAUGCAACGCUUACGACCAGCGACGAGUGAUCGCCAACGAUCACCUCGAUGCUCUCUUGAAUUUGUCCCCUCACGCGAAACCUACUGCUGAAACAACCGCCGAAUUAAUGUACACGGUUCGCCAGCACGUUAGUAUGUUGGAAGCAAUGGAGAUCAACAUAGGUGAACAACUCGUAGCUCGUAUUCUCGAGAGAUGUCUGCCCGCGGGAAUCUUGUCACGAUGGGUCGAUCGACAAUCGAGCAACAAGCUGUCCGAGUUCUCGAAAUUGUGCGAGUUCGUUCAGGAUUCCGUAUUCAAGCAGCGCGAGAUGGACGAGCUGCCUUCUAGGAAAAAUGCCGCAAAGAGAGCAGCAAAUAGCAACGCAGCUUAUCCAUCGAAGAAAACAUCUUUCGGUUGGAUAGCAGCCGGAGGAUUGAUAACACCGUCUAAGGUCGUUUCUUGUAACGUGGUGAGGUUAGAUCAGUUACUCGAAAGAUUCAUGGCUAUGGAAGACCUCGACUAUCAGCCAGUCAAGGCUGACGAGGAUAUAGCGUGUGAAAGGUAUUACGUUGAGACGACUACUCGUGAUAGUUCAGGGCGUUAUACAGUUAGGCUACCAUUUAGGGCCGAGAAAUUUGAAUUAGGUUCUUCUAAACAAAGAGCCUUAAAGCGACUCAAAGCAUUAGAACGCAAGUUUGAAACUAAUCCAGAUUUCCGAGCUCAAUAUGAGAAAGAAAUUAAUAGUUAUUUGGAAUUAGGUCACAUGACGUUGUGUGAUGACGAUUCCGAUGACGGCUAUUUUAUGCCUCAUCAUGCUGUAAUCAAAGAAUCCAGUGACACGACGAAAUGCAGGGUUGUGUUCGACACAUCUGCGGACUCUAAGAAUGGCACUUCACUCAACAAGAUCUUGUUGACUGGGCCUACCAUGCAGGCGACCAUUCCUCAACAAAGCUUGCGUUUCCGUGAUCAUCCUUUCGUUAUAACUGCGGACAUAGAGAAAAUGUAUCGGCAGAUAUGGAUUCAUCCAGAUGAUAGGAAAUUCCAAAAAAUCUUGUGGUACCACGAAGGUAAAAUUCGAACAUUCAUCAUCAAUGUCGUAACUUUCGGAGUAAGAUGUGCUCCAUUCCUAGCAAUUCGAACGCUACAUCAGUUGGCAUCCGACGAAGAGGUCGAUUUCCCAAGAGCAGCUAAGCUGCUUCGUAAAGACUUCUACGUCGACGAUUUCAUCUCAGGCGCGGAUUCUUUGGAAGAAAUUCAAGCAAUCCACGACGAGAUGAUACAACUCUUGGGUCGCGGAAGAUUCGUCAUUCGUCAAUGGGCAUCUAACCAUCCCUCAGCUUUAGAUAACAUCGAAAAAAGAAUAUUCGAUUUAGAUUGCGGAAUCCAAGGAAACCCUGUAAAAAAGACCCUUGGAAGCGUUUGGGAUACAGUAAGGGAUGUCCUUUCUUUCGUCGUUAACGCCGAAAAUCCACAAUCGGUUUCUACCAAAAGGAAACUCGUGUCACAAAUAGCGAGAAUUUUCGAUCCUUUAGGUUUGCUAGGCCCCUUGAUACUCUAUACAAAGAUUCUAAUCCAGGACUGUUGGAAGGCAAAGAUUACGUGGGACGAAUCCCUUCCUCAAAACAUCCAUACAAGAUGGAUUCAAUUAGCCAACCAGCUUUCCGAUUUGGAAUUACUAGAGAUCCCAAGAUAUUUGCGAUGCGAUAAUCCAGUCUCGGUCGAAAUCCACGGAUUUUGUGAUGCCUCUCUAAAUGGAUAUGGCGCUUGCCUUUUCAUCCGCUCUUCCGAUUCAUUCGGAAAUAUCACUAUCCGAUUAGCUUGUAGCGAAUCAAAAAUCGCUUCAAUGAGCCAUCAGACCAUUCCAAGAUUGGAACUAGCUGGUGCCGCGCUUCUGAAGAAGUUGUACGUAGAGUCAAGGGAUCGGCUGGUGUCUCCAGUUCAGCGGGUAUUAUUCUGGUCAGAUUCAACAAUUGUUCUUUGCUGGUUAAAAAGGGCACCUCAUAUGUUACAAACAUACGAGAGCAAUAGAGUAGCGGAUAUUCAAAAAUUAGGUAAUGGCGUUGAAUGGAGACACAUCCGUUCAAAGGAUAACCCAGCUGACCCGUUGUCUCGAGGACAACUGCCAACCGAUUUGAUAAACAACUCCCUCUGGAAGUCGGGCCCUCCGUGGUUAUCUUCUUCUGAAGACAAAUGGCCUCAGUCGCCGUCCACCCAUCCAAGUAACCUAACAGGUUUUAAAGAAGGAAUCGUUUUAUUCACAGCUGCGGCUGGAAGCACAAUUUACUCUCGAUUUUCCGAUUACGGUACCCUUAUUCGGUCGGUAGCGUAUUGUCUUCGGUGGAGGGGUAAGAAACUUCCAAACGACACUCCUAGUACUGAUAGGUCAGUACGGGGAAUUCGUUAUCUAUCCCCUGCCGAGAUAGAUAACGCUGAGCAUCUCGUUCUUCUACUAAUCCAGAAAGAAAGUUUCGAACCCGAAAUUAAAUCGCUCAAACGAGAGGGAGACAAAAACCCAAAGAAAGCUGUAGUUUCUUUUAAGAGUCGAACGAAAUUCGACGAACUCAAUCCUUUUCUCGAUAAUAACAGUUUGAUUCGAGUGGGCGGCCGCUUGAAGAGAUCCGAUCUUCUUUUUAAUCAAAAGUAUCCGAUCUUACUUCCUAGCAACCAUCACGUGUCGGAUCACAUUCGCGACGCUCACAAUCGAACUUUGCACGGUGGAAUUCAAUCCACUCUCUACACCGUACGCGAAAGAUUUUGGAUACUUAAUGGUAGAAAUCAGAUUAGGCAUAUAAUACAUCGCUGCGUCCCAUGUAUUAAGCAAAGGCCAAAAUUUCCUCACGCUAAGAUGGCAGACUUGCCAGAAUCUCGCGUAACUCCUGGCUUCGCAUUUAACAAGGUAGGCGUAGAUUUCUUUGGUCCAAUUCUAAUUAAAGAAAAGAAAGAGAAAAAUCGAAGUUUCUUGAAGGCAUACGGAUGUGUCUUUGUUUGCAUGGCCUCCGAAGCUGUUCACAUCGAGCUAGCUUCCGGCCUUUCUACUGAAGAGUUUCUCGCAUGUUUCCGUAGAUUUAUCAGUAUACGAGGCAAGCCUCAAACUGUAUACUCUGAUAAUGGAACAAACUUUGUAGAAGCCAAUAACGAACUUCGAAAGAUUUACGAAUUCCAUUCCACACCCAAGUUUGAAGAUUCUGUUCAGCAGUACGCCAUUUCCGAACGAAUCAAAUGGGAUUUCAAUCCACCUAUCUCUCCACAUUUCGGUGGACUGUGGGAAGCCGCAGUCAAAAGUUUUAAACACCAUUUAAACCGUGUCAUUAACGGUCAAAAGCUCACGUAUGAGCAACUCGAUACAUUACUUACUACUGUUCUAAAUUCGCGACCAUUGUACGCAAUUUCCGCCGAUCCCAACGAUUCGCUUGCGAUAACUCCGGCGCACAUUCUGACUGGGCGUCCAUUCAAUUUUUUACUAGAAAAGGAUCUCCUUUUGAUUCCAGAUAAUCGACUGAGCAUAUACGAGCUCAUCUCCAAGGCUAGGCAGGACUUUUUGUUGGAAAAUAGGACAAUACGCUGUAGUUCCAUCGGGAAUAUUUUCUCUGUAUUCGGACUCCAAGCUCAAAUCUACUGGAGCGGUCUUUAA